AUGAAAUGCCUCCGGUCAGUGGCUAGUCUCAGCAAGGAGGAAGUGAGACUGCUAACCCGGGUCCUGAGCAUAGGGUUCAUCGAUCCCGAUGGGCACGAGCCUAGAGACAAAGGGGAGAUAAUGAGGGCGAUCAAGAAACUUCCCUCGGCCCUGCAGAGGCACUGGCUUAAGGACCUCAUAGGUCGGGCACCUGCCGUGGCCUUGUGUGACUUGCACACGAAACUGAACCCUUAUAUUAUCCGAUACGUAUUUGAGUUGUUACGGUGCGAGGUUAUCACACACUUGGAGUGCCUCUACUGGUACCACAGUGUGCUUCAUGAUGCUCGUCUGGACGUCGUCGAUUUAAAAGUGCGAGAUAUUGUAUACAGCCUGGGAGAUAUACGCUACAUGUGGACCCCCUCUCGACGAGCUAUCCAAGGAAGCCCUGUCACGUACCAGCAGAAUAAGUGCGAAGCGUGCGUCCUAGCCCGGAUUGUCAAAGGGCGGAAAUUCCUGCAGCAUCUGCGUACAGCCCUCCUGAGCCGGACAGCAACCAGAAGAAAUCACCGGGUACCAACAUUCCUCCCCUUCGUGGAAGAAAGCAUAGCCUGCCAUGAAGGCUUCGUUGAUAAGAUACAUUGGCGCAGCAGCACACUGGCGACAACCAUGAAGCGCCAGCGGAAACAUGCCCAUCGGGCUCUGAUGACUUCUGACCCUGUUGCUAGUCUCAAACAAGACCUCUCAAGAACCGUAGAGGGGGCCGUAGUUCCCAUCGGCAUAGAUCCAGAAGUUCUCGAGUCAUUUCAAGAGGACCCAGAAGAGGGCGGAAACCAUGGCGUACGACACACAAUAUCUGAGCAGGUGCCCAAAAAACAGGAUAGUGACACCGACACCCUUGCAGGCAUAGUCGGGUUGUACAACGAGCCUCAACCUCUGAACUGGAUAUCCUCUCCCACAUCCUGUGCGAUGGAGAGUCAAUCAGAUCUCUCUUCCGUCACUUACACCGACGAUUCACCCACUCAUGCGUCACCAAUUUCCCCUAAGAGCACGUCAUGGCUCGCUCCCGCAACUUCCACACCAGACCCGUUGCGAGUUCUUUCACCGUCAACCCAAAAGAAAAAAGCACCGAUGAAAGAACCGGUUGAUGGUAGCAACGACGGACAAGCAAUUCCUUGGACCUAUUUGCCAACGGAGGUCAAAACCUUGGGUGGGAAGAAUCUCAAGGGAAUGGCGGAUGUGAGCAGAUAG